AUGGCAAGCGCUGGCGCAGUUCUCUUGGAGGCUCGGCCUUUCAGGCCCUUCAAAUCCUCCGAGGAGUACCUGUAUGCCAUGAAAGAGGACCUGGCCGAGUGGCUGACCGUCCUUUACCCCGAGCUCAGAAUCAACGCUGAUAAUUUCCUGGAUAGAUUGGAUACCGGCGUCGCCUUGUGCAGGCAUGCUAACGCCGUACGCGAAUCAGCUCGACUUAUCCUUGAUGCACCUGCUCCUGAAUCUGAUGAUGCCUUGACUCUAGCUAAGGCGCUGCGUUCUAGACCACCAGUCAACAUGCUCCCUGCUGCUAAAGCUGGAACGUUUUUUGCAAGAGAUAAUUUAUCAAACUUUAUUGACUGGUGUCGCAGAGCACUUGGUAUCUUGGAGUGCCUUUUAUUCGAAACCGACGAUCUAUGUCUUCGUAAGAACGAAAAGCACGUCGUUCUAUGUCUUUUGGAAGUAGCCAGAAAGGGAGCUGUACUUGGAAUGCCAGCUCCUCUUCUCGUACAAAUGGAGAAGCAAAUCGAAAGAGAAUUGGCUGGUGAAGAAUUAAGACCAGACGAUUCAGCCCUAGGCCUUGUACCCUCCGGCCCUCAGCCGCAACUGGUGACAAAUGACUUGAGGAGUCUUGACGAGAGAGUAAGAGAUUUGGUUGAGAGGUGCUCCUGCCCCACUCAGUUCCCUAUGGUGAGAGUCUCCGAGGGAAAAUACAGAAUUGGAGAUACUAGACUUCUGAUUUUCGUCAGGAUUUUGCGCUCCCAUGUCAUGGUUCGCGUUGGUGGUGGUUGGGAUACACUGGCCCACUAUCUGGACAAGCAUGACCCUUGUCGCUGCCGCGCUCAGCAUAGAACAUCCCUUUCAGCCCGCUUGGCUAGACCCAAGCAGGAUCUUGCUGGAGCUACUGUUACAUACGAACGUUCAGACCCUGGCCAAACAUCCCAACCGUGUAAAGAUUAUAAAGAAACCAAGAAUUAUGAGCCAAUGUCGCUCCAAUACUCUUCGAAGUUAUACAAUGAUGAUCCUAGAGCUGGUCAUUACCAAUCUAACUGCAAACUGGACGCUCCUACAAGUUUACCAUAUUUGGGAGCUAUGGAUCGUGCUGCCUCUCCAAAUAGAAAGAUUCUCCAAAGAAACAAUAGCCCAGGCCGGCAUUCUUCCUCUCCGGAUCGCAGGACUAAGAUCGUAACCACAAACCAUUUGGUGCCUACACCACAUGGUGUGAGAAAUAAAAGUCCGCGCCCCCUGUCUCCUGCUCCGGCAGCUGAAAGCGCUUCAGACAACGGCUCCGAAGUCUCUGACGAAGGUUACAGAAGCCUAGGAGUGGUCGCCGGCUCUACUCAAGGGUCACCAUCAAACAAAACGGCAAAUCGAUACUCACUGCACAGUCAGAAUUCCAUGGAUGACGCUGAUUUUAGUGAGCGUCUCGACGAGGACGGCUGUCAAAUAGAUAAAAACGAACGAGUUGAUGACUACGUCAGCCUCAACACUGGACUGCGCAAGACAGAUUUCUCUGACACAUUCUACGGCAGCAGGAAGAACAGCUCAGAAGACAAAUCAAACAGAGCCAGUCCUGAAUGUAUUGUAGUACACGAGAAUAACGACUCACCGAGUAAGAGCCUAAGACCGACACGAGAAUCAACACAGUCACCAGCGAAGGCAAUCAGGAAUAGACCUGCUAGCAGGAUACCACAUUCCCCUGUCAGGAACAGAACACCAAGCAGAGGCAACACACCCAGUCCCAAGCACAUCGCUAAUCCUCAAUCAUCACCAAAAUUGGCACCAAAAUUACCACCCACCAGCCGGAACACAUGGGGAGGAAGAACAGCUCCAAAUCAAGCCAAAGCCAAAACUCGGCCAACUGUCGGAGCGGAUACAUUCGAAAAUCCCAACAAAUCUCCAAAAGCGAAACCAAAAGCUCCACAAAAUGAGGCCUUCAAAAGGAACUCGCCUCUUCGCGCGAGCAGUGCGACUUUAAGGUCUCCCACACACCAAAAAGCUUUAAGCCCCCUGCUCGAACAGAUCUUGAGAUCUGCGGAAUCAGCUAAAGAUGACGCCUCCGUUUUGGAGAAGAUGAAGGAAAUAAUUAGGUCGUAUUCUAAAGGCGAGGACUCGAUAUCAAGAACGAGCUCAAAAGAUUCUGACUACGCAGAUUUUACGUCGGCUUGGGUUAUGUCCGAUGGAAAGUUAGAGAGAUCUACAAGCACUAGGCAAUUAGCUGCACCCAGGAAGGAUCCGAGGAACGGUGCAUCCAGGAUACCGGCUCCCGUGUCUCUGGGCUGCCGGCGGUCAACCUCUACCUCGCAGUUCCCUUGA